GUUCAGCUGUUGGCAGUCACCUCGUGAUCUUCUUGCGCUUUGUACCAGCUAGGAGCGAUUCCAGUUCGUCUUACCAUUAGUCCGUCUUAUAAUAUAUCCGGUCGUCGUGAUCCGUGAUCGUCUAGUUAUCCAAUCGGGUUUUCUCUCAACUCUGAAAUUCAAUCGCUCCUAGUUCUGUAUCUGUUUCUCGGUGUUAAUAUCGUCGAAAGUAUCUACGCGUCCCGCAGAUAUAUCUCCCUGUUCGUAUUACACCAAAUAUAUGACCGGGCACAUCGGCUCUCGAAUAUCCGCCGCGCGAAAGGCGAUAAAAAUCGCUUAAUAAAAGAAUGAAUUCAGACGUAAGCGCGACAUAAACACAACUACGUGUUGCAAGUCGAGAGUCCAAACCGAGUCCAUGCAGUUCAGCGGACUUUAACGGAUGUUCGCAUACCGGACAAUAACGUAUCGGAAUAGAAUUUGUGUGCGGUCGGAAUGCUUGACUCGGUUACUUCUUCCUCAGUGUACGGAGGAUGAUUAUUAUUGCAUAACGAUAUAAACAUCGUUUGGACGGAUGAUGACUGCACAGGGACGGGUCUUGCGCGCUAAGCGUGUAAAGGAAGCUCUGAAUAAUAAAUACGUUUAUGAAUCGGUUGCUAUAGAGGAUGCUGUCAGUUGAUUGCUCGCUCCUGAGCUGAUACGAAGCAAUUGACGGGAGCUCUACAAGUGGUGUCGUGUUAUACGUUGAUUCGGGUUAACGCGGCGGUUUUAUUUUUUUUUAUUUUAUUUUUUUUUUACCGUUAAUUUUUUGCAAAUUCUAUCAACUUUUCUAAAAAUAUUCGUCGCGAUUGUGUCCGUGUGCCGCGCGAUUAACGGCGGUGUUUCACGUCGGUGUACGCGUCCGCGCAUCGAUCUGCGAAAAAUUAUCUGCGGGAUUAUCGGAAAAAUUUUUUUGCCCCAGUCCGCUGCAGAGAAGAACUGCAGAGAUAUCGGAGAGAUAACCGUUGAAUUGGAUGUGUUUUGUCGGCGAUAAAUGGAUCGAUGAUCGUUGACGUCAUCUUGAAGUGAAGAUAGCGAUAUUUCGUUUUUUCACACUGAACUUCAAGCGACAUAUGCAACUGCGUGCUAGGUGAUAGCUGAAAAUGUCACGCGGAGAACGUCAGCCGCGAUGUCAGGUAUACCGCACCGUUAGUCACCGUGAUAUCGGCCAAUCGCUGACGAAAAAUAUCAGCAAUCAUGAAGACCGUGAAGCGUAAUCGUUCCCAGUGAAAAAUAAAAAAAAUAUCAAACAAUUAUAAAACCAACAAAAAAAAUAAAUAAAUAAAUAAAUAAAUCGCGAAUCUCCGGAAUGGGCUGGUUGACGCAAUGCGUCUGCGGAGCUCGGAGUACCGGCUCGGAACCGGACGUGAGAAAACAAAGCGCGGGAAAACGUGGGAAAAAAAGAACGGGCGAGAAAAAAAAGGAGAAAGAAUCCUUCAAAUCGCUGCCCAGUCCGAAAAUCGCGGUUCAAGAAAAAUCGAACGGGAAAAAUCAUGCGAUUUCAAGUCGUUCGAACCCGGAUGACAAUUUCCGCGAAGGACGACAAACUGGAAGCGAAAACCGCGCAGCUGUUGCGACGCUGCAUUCUGAGCCCGGAAAUCGUUUGGACGAGACUUCACCCCCUGUAAAAAAAUCAACGGCCGACGAUAAGUGCGAAUUAGUCGAAGAUAGUAUUAAAUCCCGCGAAGGAUCGAACAGUACUUUUUCUCCGGUCGUUAAAUCGGCCGAUUUUAUGCCUCCCGACGAAACUGGCGGUUGUCUUGAACGAAUUGGUUCGAACUUUGAACCAAUCGAAGUAAUAUCGCGUCCGAAGAUGCCGGAAAUCGAUGAUGGAAAAAAACUUCUCACUACUGCAGACAAAAAAUUGACUUUUGCUUUCGGCGAGCGACCGUCGAUUCUGAAAGAGAUCCCAAAGAUCGACUACAAAGCUAAUAACCGUAAGACUGAAAAUCUCGAUGACGAGACGCACCCUGUAGCCAUGGAAAGUUCAAAUCUGAAAAACUUCAACAGGCAACUGAAUCUCUCUUACGUUUUAUUGAACCGCACCGAUAACAAGGAGAGUGGAAACGACACCAACGCGGGGCUUCCCUCCUCGAGUGACCACGAUGUACAUCAGAGUUUUCGUAGAGCUCGCGUAGUUUUACCAAAAAUCGAAUCGAACAAAUCUCACGCGGACUGUCGCGAUCAACAGCAUCGCGUACAGAAUUCCCACAGAGCAACUAUGCCGAUCUCCAGGUUACCCAGAUCUAAAUCGAGAGUUAAGAAAUCUGCGGACGAUCUGCCCGAUAUCCAGGGGAAAAAAUACGGUUUUAAAAACCCGAUAUCCCAAGUCAGAGAGUUCAAUCAAAACAGGAACUCUUGUAGCUUCGAAAUUCCAUGGCGCGACGAGAACGCAGCUACUGCAAUUAAACCGGUGGUUCAACGGGGGAUUUUAAACUCUCAGGGAACGCCGUCGAAAAUUGCGACAAAAAUCAGAAACUCGAAAGAGAUUGCUUUGCUCAACGAUUCAGGGUUGAAGGCUAAUGAAAAUGGCCGCGUCCAUUCCGCUAUUGUGUCCGGUGUCAACUGGGAACAGCGAAGUGUCACCGUGGAAUGGUUCGAGAGAGGAGAGACCAAAGGCAAAGAGGUAGAGAUCGAUGCGAUUUUGGCUUUGAAUCCAGAGUUGACACCAAAAACGAUGGGUCCACCUCCACCGGUGACCAAUCACAUGAUGCCUUCGCGUAACAAGGACUCUUCCGGUGAGGAGGACGAGGGCGUUGACGAGUAUGAAAAUCAAGACGAUGGCUCGCUCGGACGUACCGGUGCUCCACAGACAACGAGAAAUGGUCUUAGCUCGGCUACCCUUCCUGUACGAGUCACAUCUCGGCUUUCGAAUACGACGAGGGCAUCCAUCCCAGUAAAAGCUGGUUCAAACAGACAAAUAGCGCGGACAGGACGGCCAACAAAUAUAAUUCCAGCCAUCACAUCAGUAAACGGACAUGGCGAUUCAAUCUCAGGUCUUAGUCGUCGUGAAGUGGAAAACAUUCCCCCGACACCGUCUACACCUGCACCAUCCAGUGCUUCUACUGUGGCAGCAAACAAGCAAAAACAGUUGCAAGUACAGGCACAACAGCAGCAACAAUUACAAGUACAACAGCAAGCGGCACAAAUUGAAAAUGGAAGAGGCCGAAGAUCAAAUGUUGUGAGAGAGGUGGAAAGACUCAAGAAGAACAGGGAGGAGAGAAGGCAGCGGCAAGCGGAAAAAAAAGAGGAGAAAGAAGCAUUAAUGAAUCUAGAUCCCGGAAAUCCUAACUGGGAGUUUCUUGCCAUGAUCAGAGAUUAUCAAAAUACUAUAGAUUUUAGACCGCUGAGAGAGACAGAUUCUGUAGAGGAUCAUCAAAUCACAGUAUGUGUCAGAAAACGUCCUCUGAAUCGCAAGGAAUUGAAUCGUAAGGAAGUGGAUGUAAUAAGUGUGCCGAGCAAAGAUCAAAUGGUUGUCCAUGAACCAAAAGCAAAGGUUGAUUUAACUAAGUAUCUAGAGAACCAGCUGUUCAGAUUUGACUAUGCAUUUGAUGAAACAUGCACCAAUGAAAUAGUCUACAAAUAUACAGCCAAACCCUUGGUGCAAACUAUCUUUGAGGGUGGAAUGGCUACUUGUUUUGCUUAUGGCCAAACUGGCAGUGGAAAGACCCACACAAUGGGUGGAGAUUUUAAUGGAAAGACUCAAGACUGCAAGAAAGGAAUAUAUGCUAUGGUUGCUAAGGAUGUUUUCAAGUAUUUGAAAUCAUCCAAGUUUCGCUCUUUAAACUUGAUUAUUUCUGCUAGCUUCUUUGAGAUUUACUCAGGCAAAGUUUUUGACCUCCUCGCUGACAAGGAAAAGCUCAGAGUGCUCGAAGAUGGGAAGCAGCAGGUCCAAAUAGUCGGGUUGACUGAAAAAGUAGUGGAAUCCUGUGACGAAGUAUUAAAAUUGAUUCAGCAUGGAAAUAGCGCCAGAACCAGCGGGCAGACUACCGCCAAUGCUAAUUCCUCUAGAUCACACGCGGUCUUUCAAAUCAUAGCUCGCACACCUGGAACUCAUAAAGUUCACGGAAAAUUCUCUUUAAUUGAUCUGGCUGGAAAUGAAAGAGGUGCUGAUACAUCUUCAGCCAACAGACAGACUAGGAUGGAAGGUGCCGAAAUCAACAAAUCAUUAUUGGCGCUAAAAGAAUGUAUUCGUGCACUCGGACGCAAGGGUACACACCUGCCAUUCAGAGCCAGCAAGCUCACGCAGGUUUUACGAGAUAGUUUCAUUGGAGAGAAAUCAAAAACUUGCAUGAUUGCUAUGAUCAGCCCAGGAAUGAAUUCCUGCGAGCAUUCUUUGAACACUUUACGAUAUGCAGACAGGGUUAAAGAAUUAGCUGCGACUGAUCCAACAGAAAUGAAGAUAUCCCCUACCGAAGAGGAAGAACUAGGGUUGAAGAUAGAUGACCAAACGAACAAUAGCGUUCUGUCAGAUAGUGACUUAGCACAGUUGAGAUCGCUCAAUGAAGGCGAGUUAUCUCAAGAUUUGUAUACUUUCCAUGAAGCUGUAUCUGCGCUACAGUUAUUGGAAGAAGAGGUUUUGGAUACACAUAAACUAGUGGUGGACAAUACGGCUCGGUUUUUGAAUGAUGCCCAUAGUGUUUUCAGUGCAACACACGAGGUGGACUACGAUCAAGAAGGAUCCCUUACAGAUUUGAGACGGAAAAGAACAAAGUUUGAGUCACCCUACCUGAGGCGGUUCACAAUACGUAGGCGACUCGUAGAAAGAAAGCAAUUUUCUGAUGCGUACGCCCAAAAGUGGGAAGAACUAUUGCUCCAGCAACGUGAUACAUUGAAUGCCGCACUUGAGCAAGUUAGUCAAUUUCGAGGUCAACUUCUUCAAGAAGAGCAGAUCAGUCAGAAGAUGACACGCACACGCAACACACGAUAUAAUUAAAUAUAAACAUCACACUCCCGUAUACUUACUAAAACAACAUAUGGGAUGUAUCACCUGGGGGUGAGUUAACACUAAUCCAUGUUACCAGCCAUUCCCAAAUAUGAAUAGAUGUCAAAAAAAAAUUUGAAAUUUGGAAAGCAUUAAUCAAGAGUUUUUGGUGUGCAGAAUCUGAUGCAUAAUAGAUUUUCUGCUACCAGCCUUCUUUGGAGGUACAUUCAUUGUUCCUAAGUUAUUACCGUUGAUUGAUGUCCAGCAUGUAAGUAUUUGAGAGUUUUCAAAAAAGCCUGAGUAAUAAAAUUUUAUUAAAUUCUUUGUGAAAUACCUGUAUUCCUAGCGAAUUAUCAAAGUAGUCGUGAUGUACGUUGUAAUGUAAUCAAAUAAUACUCUAUUACUAUAGUAAUGUACGAUAUAUCUAUAUUUUUUACCGAUGUUAGUAUAGAGAACGCUACGAGUUCCUUAGUGUCACCUUUUUGCCUGAUGAAAUUUAACGACUACAGACUACAAUUUUUUCGGCUUCAUUAUAUUGAAUGAGUAUCACAAGAGUUUCAGAAACAUUGAAAAGAAACUGUCCAAAACUAAAUCAGAUAGUGUAAACUCACCGUAAACGGGUCACUUUGAUUGCAAACCAUAAAAUAACAAAAUUAAAAUGUAUUUAACAACUAACUAAGUCAAUAAAAAGCAUGAAUAUCCUCGUUUUUUGAUACAAGGCGUCGGCUAUUCGAUUAUAAUGAGAUAGUUUGAUCCCAACAGCUUCAGUCUGAACAAGUAUAUGAAGAAUAACGUAAGAUUUUAACUUAUAUUCAAAUUUCAAGUUUGAAAUCAGCAUCCGUUAUUCAGAUUUUGACACAAUGAAGUUAUCAUAUUUAUUAUAUCUAAGUUUCAUCGACGCCACAAUGUGUCAAAUUCUGAAUUUUCACAACGGAUCUAGUUCUUUGAAUUGCUAUGCGUACAAUAUGUGUUUCUCGAGCGUGACCAGAGUGCUUUCGUCUUGUGCUUGAGCUGCAAAUUCAGUUUGAUGUACAAGAUUAUAUGAUAUUAAAUGAAGAGAUAAAUUAGAAGAAGAAUUCAGUGUACCGCCGGACAGUGAAUCCAGCCUUAUAAUACCGGUUUAUGAAAACAAAAGAACUGUAGAUCACCAACCCUGUCCUCGAAUCAUAUCUUUGAUUUUUCUGAUUCUUGAGAAAAUCAUCUAAUUAUCUCAAGCAUUCCACUUUUUCCUUACCUGCAUGAAAUCAAGUUUAUGUGAAAAUAAUAAGUUGCUCUGUAUAUGAUAUUUCUUGUGCGCAAGCUUGAGUUGUUUCAAUUUGUUUAUACCUUUUUUUUUAUCCAUUGUAGUACAUAGUUCUGAAGUACAUAAAACAUUUACUUGAUUUUGCAUGAGUCACAAAUACAUUUUCAAUAAUGUUAAAACUUUUAUUUCUAAACAUUCGUAGCAAAUUUUCAUAGAAUACUAAGGCAUUCGAAAUUUUUUCAUAAUAUUAAUGAGAGGUCAAACAUAUCAAGGGUACAGAAAAAAUUGAUUGCUUAGAGCUGUCGUCAACUAAGGCAGUCGUUUGUUUGGGUACAGAGUUGGAUAAUCUAGUAGGAAUGUGUUCUUUUAUUGGUUUUUUAUAUUCAGUAACAAAAACCUUGUAAUAAAUAAACCAAAUAACGACUGACCUCAGAAACAACCCUUAGCUAUAAGUCGUUUAACUCUUUUACUUGUAGCCUGGCAAUAGUCCAAGUAUUUAGUUGUGAAAUAUUGUUACGAUUCAUUGAUUCAGUUGUCAUAUAUAUAUUUCAUUCAAAAAUUUAUAGCUAUUUUCUGUUCAUUAUUAUAAUUGUGGUAUCAUGUGAAUAAUCUCUCAUAAGCCUUAAAAUAAUAUUCUGUGUUUUUCGAAGUUUAUUUAUUAGAUUAUGUGAUCUUGUCCUCUGUUGAUGAAAAAAAAACUUAUUUAUCUUUAUUAGUUAUGAGCUUAUUAAAAAUAAAAGGCAUAAAUCCUCAUUCUUUGACCUAAUGGAUGCUCUAACUAAAGCAUUUCAUCAUAAUGUUUUUAUACUUACUACAAUGCUGAGCCCACAGUCAAACAUUCGCAAUUUUGCACCUUACAUCUACUUUUAAGAAGAGGGUCUUUUUGUAAUAUUUUAACUCAUUACAGAACUUAGGUGUUACCAUUAGUUUGUCGAAAUAUUUGACCGACUAUAUUCAUUCGAACUCUGUAGAAAUUACCUAAUCUUUGCUUCACCUAAAUAGUGCCAAACCAACGUAAGAGAGGUUUCUGUACUUGAAUACACACGUUAAGUGGAUUCAUAGUCUGCAUUAAUCUAUUGAUCAAAUGUAUUUCUGCCAGUUUUCUUCCGAACGCAAGUUAUUCUCGAUCGUCGAAAAGUUAUAGGAAGUGAAAAUGCUGAGUAGAUCUCAGCUAAUUUAAAUUUGAAAAGGAAAACUAUUGUUGCGUAUUAUUAUUAAUAAUUGUUGAGAUUAAGUAAGGAUAUCUUGAGUGAUAUCGACAGUAACGUAUUUUCAUGCCCACGUAUUCCAUGCGGUCUGCAGUGCAGGAAAAAUUUCAGAAAGACACGAAUCAUGUUGAUUCCUGUAAAAUUGUCUAAGUUAUCUCAUGACUUUCUGUAGUUCACAUGCAUUAGUUGACACGUUUGUAAUUAACCAGAGUGAACAGAAAUAUUAGCUUUUUUCUCACAGGAUGCAAUAUUGAUAAAGCUAUGUUAUUGUUCUAACCAUCAUGUAAUUUGUCUAGCAUGUCAUAUUUAUCCUACACUGUGUUACAUAGAUUCAUAUAGAUUACCGACUUUUAACACGACUAGAUCAGACACGAUAAUUAUUCAGCUAACCGAUUUGCUGAUACUCCCGUUGUCUCUUCACAGAAUAUUUCAAAAGCGUAAUAAAAUGUGAUGAAAGCUUAUUAAUUGAAUAAAAUUUUGAAAUACC